AUGUCGUCUACAGAAGGCUCGGGCCCUCAAACGCCCCAGCCGAGGACUGAGACGGUGGAUGUGUCGCGAAUGAAAUCGUUCUACAUAUUGAAUGUGGUAACAUUUGCUACAGUCGCCAUCGGUUUGAUCCUGGUAUUAAUACCAUUUCCUGCACUUCGUGUUCAAAGAGGAAUCGAACGCAUAAAUAUCAACCUUAACGAACGUGCAGUGCCAUAUUUGGUAAAGGUUGAGAUGAAAGAUGACAAGGAUACCGGAGUAGGAAUAUUUUUGUCAACCAGGUUUUCACAUCAUGUGCUUGGCGACGUCGCUGUUGGGAAUAUAACUAUCCCAGAUUCGAUAUAUUGUAAGAACAGAUUAGUUGCGGCGUACUAUGCAUCUAAACCGAUCACAGUACCUCGUUUCUUAAAUGUUUAUGAUGUUUUCCCAGGCGCAAUUGUCGUUGGGAGAUACAUGCCAUCGGAGUCACAACCAAAUGAGUAUUUGAGGUACGACGGUUCAAUUUACCUAGUUCCACAUGCCGUGCCACAAGAUUUACAUUUGGAUGUUGAUCUGCGUGACCUGUUUUACGAAGAUAUUGAACAUGUCUUCCGGACUUAUUUUGUGGACACCACGGGUAAGAUCGUUACAGAUGUAAAGGCUGCGGUGGCCGUGUCGCAUUUGACAAUUAAAAUUGGAGGUACUCCAACACCAUUCCAAAAUUCGGAUCCUCGUUAUGGCUUCCGAUCUAUCGAGCUCCCAGAUCUUAACAUAACUAAGAUUAUGAUACGAUCUGUUGUUUCUGAAAAGGUAGUGGAACAUGUAUACUACGUGCACACAAGCAACUGGAUGGUUGUUUAUAUUGGAAGACAGGGUCUAUCUGAACUUUUAACACACCACCGUCUAACUUUGGAUAUGAAGUCAGAUCCAUUUGCUAUCAAUCGCAUAACUGUCACUCACAGGGAAGAAGUACCGUUUCUUUGGGGAACUGAAACAGACACUAGACUUUCCCAUCAUAUGGUAGAUAUCGAGGGCUGGAGAUAUCACAUCGUUUUUGCUGAUUGGUGGCACAUUGUUGGCUCGAUUACUUUGAAGGGAGGCACCCUUCACGGUGACAGCACUGCAACUGACCGUAUAGUGGUCUUUUACAGAGCCAAUGGAGAGGAUCCGCAGCUAGAAGCAUUGGUUUGCACUAAGCAUGACAGGGACUAUUCAUGGGAGCAUAUAGCAGGUCCUGCACUGGUACCUUAG